AUGAUAUUAAUUGACGGUGUUCCAUUCUCUACCCAUUCAUCUUCAACAUCUCAGGGACUGGAUAUUCUACUUUCUUUGUUGGAAAAUCCAAUUCUGGUAUCUACUUCAACCUCUUUCAAGGAAAAUCCAGAGAGGAAGUUCUCAGUUUCGGAGGAGUUUUCUCCAGAGAGAUCAAAAUUGGUUUAUUUAUUCCAAAAAGAAUAUGCUACUGUUGAUCCAGCAUUUGUUCAUUAUGUUGGCACUGAUGAAGCGACAACAUGUGUAGGAGUUGUUAUUCGCAACCCAAAGAAUGGAAUGACGUCGGUUUCCCAUAUGGAUUCACCAAAUAUCGUAGAAACGGGCCUUUCUCAAAUGUUAUUGUUACUUGUUGACGACAGUUUGGAGACUGAGUUUGAUGUGCAUCUAAUUGGUGGUUUUGAAGAAGUUUCACCACAACGUGCUAAUGGUGGCAUUGUGUCAGAAAGUGAUGCAGAUUUAGAUGGUUAUUCCCUUCCUCUGUGCUCAAAGAUUGUUCACACUUUAUGGUCGAGAGCGGAGAAAUUUCAUAUCAGAACUACUUGUGUUCUUGGACAUAAUACCAAAAAGGAUUCUGACGGAAACACUUGUCCUAUUUUUAAUGGAUUUGUGGUGGAGACUGCAACAGGAAGAGUCAUCCCAUCAUGUUUUGAUAGAAGUUCCAGAAUCCCGGAUGAAAUUGUCAGAAGAAUACGGGUUUCUGCUUCUUAUGAAGAUACUAGUUGGGAUGGGAAGUUGCUAGAGACAUAUGAUACUGUCACUGACUGCUUCAAAAUUGCUCCUUGUUGCUGGACUCGGCGUCAAUAUCAUAUUGCUUUGUCACUUCAUCAUUAUUCUGAUUCAGAAAUUCUUCCAAUCUGUUCUACCUCACCUACUGCUGAGGCCCCAGAUUUUGUUGAUAAUUUAAGAAGGCAGUGGAACUACAUGAUUGAGCAUCCACAUUGGACAGAAACCUUUCCGAAAAAGCAACCGCGUGUUUUUACAAGGAGUGCUGAUGGAAAGUGGAAAAGGUGUUGA